CUCAUAACUAAAAUCUGUAAUGGCUUCUUCUAACACUGCCGGCUCGGCGAUCGAUGCGGAGAACGUUGGAAAACUGAUCAAACAUGCUAAAGACACGCUCGCGGUAGGAUUAUAAUGAAUAACAUACUUAAAAGAGAGAUGACGGUGAUUAAACACCACUUCAGGUGUUGUUGUCAAGCUUUACGCGAUCGAUGGUACCCUAGACUUGAUUAUCUUAUCUCGUGAUGGGUAUAACUUACACAAGAAAUUAGCCAGGCUUGAUCUUUCAAGUUUUCAGUUAAUAAUAUUUAUUAAAAGAGAUGGGGUUCAGUGACUGUGAUUCCAAAAUUUCUCUGCAACCUGAUAAGACAGAUGUUACGUAGCUUAAGUUCAACAAUUCCAUGUACAUUUACUUGUACUCGCCCAAAUAUAAUGUAGUCACUCGGUUUAAUUUGUUACAGAACGUUAUGAGAUUAGCAAAUCAGGCCAUCGAUCAAAAUGCAGAAGUUGACCUUGGAACGUAAGUUGAUAUUUUUGUGUUAUCUUAUCACAUUUCUGCUUUAAAAUGGUGUGAUUUGAAAAGAGUAAUUCCUUUUUGAUCAACCUUGGGAGUGAAAGGGUUUAUUAGCUCAUAGGAUAAUUUGGUUUUAAUUAACUGAGUUUGUAACGUAAAUUGGCCAUGUUAAAGAGUUUCAAAGCUGACUUUUCAAGCAUUAGCCUUUCAUCAGAGCAAAUAUUCAAGAAGGACCAAGGCCCACAAUGUUAGCUUUGAAAACUCUUGACAGUGGCUCAUCUACAUUAUCAAUGGAGUUGAUUAAACCAAAGUAUCAUGUUAUAUUCUCCCACCAAUGCAGUAACACAGUUUCUUUUAAAACUUUCUCUCUUUAUUCAUUUGUCAGCUCAUAGACAACUAAAUCAAUGAACUGUAUAUGAACCCCAAUGGACAGUGGAUAUAUGUAGAGCUUGAUAUAAUAGCAAAACAGCGCUUGCAAAAGGAAGUAACAAAAUUUUGAGACAUUUUCCUAAAUAUAUGAAUUAUCAACUGAAUAAAUGUAUAGGAAAAAUGAUAAAAAUACAAUUAGUUGCAUAUGAUAUGAAGAAAUGAGAUGAGGGCAGCACAUAAGAACAGAGCAAAUGAGCAAAAUAAUGUGAUUUGCAAAGAGUUACAUUUUACAUAGCUUGUUUCCAACAAAAAACUGAAAGUAUUGUUCUUUCCUUGCCUCUUUGACUCCACCUUGGGUCAGGCACAGUAUAGCUUGCUUGUGGUAAUUAGAGCUUAUCCUGUGGUGUAGUAUUUGUACAAGAGCUAUCAACCUCUAACUACCAGAGGUAAUCAACAUGCAACUUUACUCAAUAAUAUCCAUACAUCAUCCAGUGAAAAAGCAAUGGGAAUACUCAAAGCUAUCAGGCAGAAGUUGUUAUUUUGAUCUAACACCAAAUUCUCAUAACUAAUUUUCGAGGAAAUGUGUAGCAGCUAACGUGGAAAAUUAACAAUCAGAUCUUGGGAGUUAAAGGGUUGAGCCAAUCAGCUGUUUUGUCACACUUUCCUGGUCGAAAGAGAAACACUGUCAGAGAAAUAUGAUUAUUUCUGUAAAUAAGAAAUAAUUAAAACUUACUCCUGACCAGUAACUCAAUGAGACAAGUACAAUAUUUUGUUUAUUAUUAUUAUUAUUAUUAUUAUUCUACAGGAAGACAACUGAGGGGCCAAAUAACAAGCUUGAGAAAAGUUUAGAAGAUUUUUACAUUGCAUGUGACCAGCUACAGCUCUAUCUGGUAAAAAUGUUGUUUUUUUGUAAUUGUGAAAAAACCUGACCAACACUCUACAAAUAAGAAACUGCCUGGUAACCGACUGCCUCCAAAAACCUUAUCAAAGGAUUGCAUUUUUAGCAAUAAUUCACUGAUUAUGAUUUGUAUGUGUUGACUUCUUCAUGCAUUUUGAUUUGGUUUUUGCCUGUUAAUGUGUUUGAGAAUUGACUUGAGGAUGAUAUGAUUACUAGCAGUGUUUUGCAUCUUUACCAUGUAAAUGUAAAUUAAGACCUCCUGCUGCUGUAUGUUGCCUUAAUACCACCUCACAGAGAUGUGCUAAGCUGACCCUUGGAAACUUGCCCACUCUACUACAUUUAACCCUUUUCACCCCAAAGAGUGAUUAGUGUCUCAUUUCUCCCUAUAAUAUGUCCCAUAAAUCAAACAUUGAGGUCACAAGGAUAAAGGAAAUGAUCACCAACUAAAGAAGCUCUAGAUUUUUAAAUAAUUUCUCCUUGUGAGCACCUCAGGAAAUGUAUGGAGAACUGUAUGGAAAGUAUGUGUACUGAUGUUUGGGUGUGAGGGGUUAAAACAUCAUCUGUGAUCUUUUACUGAUUAGAGGUGUAACAAAAUGGCAUCCACAAUGUAGCAGUAUUUGGAAAAAUCUCUUUUCCUAUUCCUGUCCCUUUCAAUUCUAGGAGAAUUUCCUCAGAAGCAAGGGAGAUACUUAAUGACAGUCUCUAACCAAGAAAGAUUGUUGAAUAUUAACCAUGUUACUUUCUUUCUCUAGGGGCUCAUGAGGGAAACAGCAAGUCAAACUCACGAUAGUGGAAGAUACACACCCAAACCUAUAUUCAGCAGCAAAACAGAGAACGUUGCAGGGACACAGACCUACAGUGAGUAUCUAUCGACAGUCCGCACUCAGAUAGCAGCCACAAAAGAACUUCAUGAUAUGCUGUCAGAGUUUUCCUCUACUCAGCUACCAUAGCCAGAUUGAUAUUUAGAGCCAGUUUUCUAUUUCAAAGCACCAUUAUUGUGACCAGGGUCACUUGAACAAAUUUAAUCAGGCACACUACAAGAAAUGGAUUUUACUUCCAACUAAAUUUAAGAAUUGAGAUGGAAUUCAAGAUUGUUUCCUGUCAUCACGUUGAUAAUGGCAGAUUUUCUUGUAACUGCUUUGUCUUUCUGGGCUGAGUUAUUCAAAGCCUUUUAAAAAGAUCUCUCAAUUCAAACCGCAUGAAUUGCAGAUGGAAGCUCUUGUUGCCCCCAUAUUCUGCAAUAAAAAAUUACGAUAACAUUACAACAAAUGAGCAAACUGUGUACGAAAAUGUACGUAAGUAAUGUAUAAGUGAUGUACAUUAGUACACAACAAAAAACAAAUUUAAGAUUUGCCUCUUUGGCAAAGGAGAUGCAAUUUUACAUUAAAUGGUAUGGCGAUAAAAUUACUGAUGCCAGCUGAUAAGAACAAGGCGAUGUUUAAAGGAAAGUGUAAGUACUUGCUUUCCUCGGUGUCUGUAUGGACCGGUUGAGCCAAUAGUACUGUAGUCCGUGUCUGUGUGUGUGUGGGGGGGGCAGAAUAAUCUGCAUGUUACGAUACGAUACGAUACGAUACGAUACGAGAACUUUAUUUGUACAAGGUAUUUCUGUCAGUCAAUUAAGAUACCGCACUAUCACACCACACUACCACAUCUACCUAUCUACCUAUCUACCUAUCUACCUACGAUAAAAAUAACAAAAAUGUUUCAAAUAAAAACUGCUUUUCAUGGAGGCCGUGUCUAGAAUUUUACUUAAACUUAAUAUACUACUUAAAACUGUGGCAACUUAAUCUAGAUUUGAAAUCGGUCAAUAAAGAUGCUUGCCCUAGGUCUAUAGGUCUAUAUAACUGAGC